AUGGCCAAUGACAGCGGUCUUGAUCUCGAUGCCGAUAGCCAGUCGCCCGUAGAUGCCUCCCCCUCUGCGCCGCAAGAGCAUGCUCGCCCGCGCAAACGCACCCGUCGAGCUUGCGACAAGUGCAGCACCUCCCGCACCCGUUGUAAUGGCGAGUACCCCUGUCGACGUUGUGAAGAUUACGGAUAUACCUGCCUUUAUAAUCGACAAGUCAAGAAGCGUGGCCGCCUGCCUGCUUCUGCCAAUGCCAACCCGGUCGCCAAUACCGAUACCGAACCGCCCACCCAAGAAACGCAAGCUCUAGGCCAAUCGUCGCCAUCGAUUGUCUCUCCACCCCAUGCCACGGCCAAUCCGGCCCCAUCGUAUAAACCGACUUCAAGACCGGCUUCGGAGCACACUGCCUCUCCGCUGCCAAGCGCGCGGCCGUACGAACUACCCCAGCCCAUCAGCGACGCCCGCUCCCAGCAGCGCAUAUCCGCUGCCCUCAACGUCUCAUCCCUCGUGCACCAAAUACCGCCGACGCAUCGAUACUCUCACGGCACGGCAGACAGUCCUUUUAAGAAGCCUCGGCUUCAACUAGGGUCUGCUUCUGGUGCCGACGGCCUACCAGACCCCGAGGCGCUCGUGUCUGAUGAGAGCGCCGGCUACCCAUCACCCGCCAACGGCGCAUCGCACAACGAUCAUAGCGCCGGAUACCAGAUAUAUCCACCGAGACCUUCCACGAGCAGCCAUACGCCACAUAGAGCAUCUUUUGGUGGUACUAGUGUUGCCGAGUCAAGCAGCUACGACUACGGAACAAAAGCUCCUACUGAGGACUGCACCUACAAGUUCUUACACCCUGUCCUCCGAUAUAUUCGCAACAUAAUACCAGCUUCUGUCGCAUGCGACCUGCUCGAGAUCUUCUUAACCGACCCUGGCAGCUCAUUAUUCCGUGGGGCUUCCCCCUAUAUCCUCACCCGAAUAUUUCGCAAAAAGUCAAUCUUACACCCGACACAGCCUCGGCCGACCACUCCGGCAUUGCUCGCUACGAUAUUAUGGUGUGUUGCCCAGACGGCAGACGUCAUGCUCCUGCACGUGCCUGGAACCAGAGCAAAAAUUGUCAACGAAUUAUACGAGCUAGCUACCUCAUUAGUAUCUGCUCGUGAUCCAGAUCGAUGGCGUCGCAUCCACGGCGGCCUGCGCGCGGAGCACGAGGCUCCCCACCCGAGCCUGGCCACAUCGAGUGCCGCGCCGAGACUGACAGCUGCUAAUGAACCGGCAGGCGUAGUCGACGAUGUCUUGACGUACAUUCUCCUUUCCAUCGCCGUUUCUGGGGGCGAUUUCAAAUCCGAUAGCCACAAGUGGUGGUCCAAAGCUACAAGAUUAGCCUUUUCGCUCAAGAUGAACAGGGAGGAUGAGCAAUGUCCAGGACCACUCUCUCCAUGCGCCAACCCGCUGUGCGCAUGUCGUCGAGAGCAGGAACCACUUACUAUUCAAUCGAUUGAAAAUAGAGAAGAGCGUCGUCGCGUCUUUUGGCUUCUGUAUAGUCUAGACAGACACUUGUCUCUGUCAUUCAACACCAUCCUUAGUAUUCCCGACUCGUACUGCGAGGUCUACACACCCUUACCCGAGUAUGUAUGGGAGAAUCUUGAUUCCGUACCUUUCCAUGAGAUUCCCGCCCGCCAUGUAGGACCGCCGACGCUGGCCUCGGGCACUGGCUUUUUUGAGUCCUUUCUUCCGCUCAUGGCCAUCCUUGGCGACAUAAUUGAGCUUCAUCACCGACGACACCACCCUCGCCUAGGCGGUCUGGAUGACACACACUCCAUCGCGGUCAUCUCUAAACUGCUGGCCGAUUUCGAGCUGAGCUUGGAUAGUCUUGGCCGGGAUCCGCCCUCGCGCGGCUUCAGUGACUCGAUGAUGAGCAUGAAUGGCGGGCUACCCCCCAUGGACACGUCACAACAGUCACAUGGUGACCAUUCUCGCGUUCGUCUCGUUAGGGCAUACAGCACACAUAUUCUACAUGUCUUGCACGUCCUGCUGCAUGGCAAAUGGGAUGCCAUUUCCAUGUUGGACGAUGGCGAUGACUGGAUCACUUCCAAGCGAUUUACAGAGUGUGCCUCGCACGCCAUUUCCGCUUCACAGUCUGUGUCGACGAUUCUGACCAUUGACCCGGAGCUGACCUUUAUGUCAUAUCUCUUUGGCAUUUAUUUGUUGCAAGGAAGCUUUAUUUUGCUGCUCUUUGCGGAUCGCAUGCCGCAGCUGGGGCCGAACGAGUCAGUGGAACAGGCUUGUGAGAACAUAAUUCGCGCGCAUGAAGUUUGCGUCGUUACGCUCACUACAGAGUUUCAGAAAAACUUUCGACGAGUUGUACGGUCCACUCUGUAUUCGGUUCGUGGAGCGGGAACUACGAACCUCGAAGAGCAUCGGGCACGACGUAGAGCCUUAUCACUGUAUCGGUGGACAAAGGGCGCUCGCGGCCUCGGCCUGUAA